AUGAUGGGCUGCGCCGGGUUCACCUGCUCCAGACACUGCCUCUGCGCGCUCAACAUCCUCUACGUGAUGGUGAGCCUGCUGCUGGUGGGCAUCGCGGCGUGGGGAAAGUGGCUCGGGCUGGUGUCCAGUUUCCAGGUGGUGGGGGGCCUGAUCGGAGUGGGGGUCUUCCUCUUCUUUGUGGCUCUGGCCGGGCUCAUCGGGGCCAUGAAGCACCACCAGGUCCUGCUCUUCUUUUACAUGGUCAUCCUGUUCUUGGUUUUCAUAGUACAGUUCUCGGUCUCCAGUGCCUGUUUGGCCAUCAACAGGGACCAGCAGGAGCAUCUCCUGGAGGUGGGCUGGAACAACUCCCAGAGCACCCAGAGAGACCUGGAGAAGAGCUUAAACUGCUGCGGCUUCAGAGCAGUGGACUAUAACAACACCUGCACAGCUACGUGUUUCCCAAACCACUCAUGUCAGCCGUGUGCAGACAAGAUCCAGGCGCACGCAGGAGAGCUGCUCCAGAUCGGAGGAGGCAUCGGACUCUUCUUCAGCUUCACAGAGAUGCUAGGUGUGUGGCUGACAUAUCGCUACAGGAACCAGAAGGACCCUCGAGCCAACCCCAGUGCUUUCCUCUGA